UAUCAGUUUUAUUAUUAUUUUCAUAAAAGCGUGAUGAUGAUGACGAAGGAGGGUUCCUUGUUGAGAAUAAUAAUAGCUGUUACUUUAACCUUUCUCCUUUGUUUCCUCAUUGCCGACUCUGAGGUUCGUUGCAUUGAAAGUGAGCGACAUGCCCUUCUCAACUUCAAGCAAGACCUUACAGAUCCUUCUAACCGCCUUGCCUCUUGGGCUGCUGACGUGGAUUGCUGUCACUGGGUCGGUGUUAUCUGCGACAACCGCACCGAUCAUGUCCUCCAACUCCAUCUCAGAACCUUUCAUCCUCUGUAUGACGAGCUUACUACCGAUGAUGCCCAAUAUGAAGCUCAAUUUGAAGCCUAUGAGAGGUCAGUGUUCGGCGGUAAGAUAAAUCCUUCUCUGCUUGAUUUGAAGCAUUUGAUUUACUUAGACCUCAGCUACAAUGAUUUCGGUGGUACUCACAUUCCCAAAUUCCUUGGUUCAAUGGGGAGCUUAAGAUAUCUUAAUCUCUCCUAUGCGAAAUUUGGGGGAUUGAUUCCUCAUCAACUUGGGAAUCUCUCUAAUUUGCACUAUCUUGAUCUUGGAGGUUAUAAUAAUAAUUUGUAUGCCAUGAACCUUCAAUGGCUCUCUAGUCUUCCUUUACUACAACACCUUGAUUUGAGUUUUGCAAACCUUAGCAAAGCCUCUGAUUGGCUACAGGAGAUAAACAAACUCCCUUCCUUGUUAGAGUUACGAUUGUCAUAUUGCCACCUUUCUGGUUUCACCCCACCAUCGAUACCCAGUAGUAUUAACUUUUCAUCUCUCACCACCCUUGAUCUUUCAUCCAAUCAUUUUAAAAACACUUCGAUUCCGUUUUGGGUCUUUGGUCUUCAUAAUCUGGUUUCUCUUGAUCUAUCUUGGAAUCAAUUUCAAGGUCCAAUCCCUGUUCAUCUCCUGAAUUUGACUUCACUUAGGCACCUUGAUCUAUCUAUCAACAAGUUCAACUCUUCAAUCCCCAAUUGGCUGUACAGUUUUAGUCAUCUUGAGUUCCUCAACCUCAGGUACAAUAUUUUGCAGGGUAGAAUCUCUAGUGCCAUUGGAAACCUAACAUCUGCCAUUAGCAUAGACUUGUCAUCCAAUGAACUUGAAGGAAAGGUACCAAGAUCUUUAGGUAAUCUCUGCAACUUAAGGGUAGUUAGAUUGUCAUCAAACAAAUGGAGUCAAGAGAUAUCUGAAAUCUUUGAAAGUCUAUCAGGAUGUGUUUCAAAUGGACUAGAGAUCUUAGAAUUGUUUAAUGCUCAACUGUCUGGGCAGUUGACUGAUGAACUUAGGCAAUUUAAAAAUCUGGUCAUCUUUUCUUUGGGGUAUAAUUCAAUUUCAGGUCCAAUUCCAUGGUCUAUAGGAAAUCGUUCCUCUUUGAGAUCCUUGAACCUUCAGAGUAAUCAAAUUAACGGAACUCUCCCUCAAAGCUUUGGACAGCUCUCCAAAUUAGAGUCUCUGAAUAUUGGUUUCAAUAUGUUGGAGGGUGUGGUGUUAGAAGUUCACUUUGCCAAUUUAAUGGGAUUAAAAAAGUUUGUUGCAUCUCAGAAUCGAUUGACUUUAAAUGUAAGUCUCAAUUGGAUCCCUCCUUUUCAACUCAACUCUUUAGCUUUGGGAUCAUGGAAUUUAGGGCCCAAAUUUCCUUCAUGGCUCUAUUCACAAAAGCAACUUUCAAACUUGGACAUAUCCAACACAGGGAUUAUAGAUGCAGUUCCUCCUCGGUUGUGGAACUUGACUUCUCAGUUUACUUAUCUAAAUAUCUCUCACAAUCAAAUCUAUGGAGAGAUUCCACAUAUCCCUUUGAUUUUGUCCUAUCCUUCAGCAAUUGAUGUGAGUUCAAAUAACUUCACAGGUCCAUUACCUUGUAUAUCCUCAAAUGUGACCUUUCUUGAUCUUUCUAACAAUUCACUAUCUGGAUCUAUUUCUCACUUUUUGUGUUACAAGAUGAAUGAGCCCAAAAAAAUGGAAUUUCUCAAUCUUGGAAAAAAUCUUUUAUCAGGGAAAAUAAGUAAUUGUUGGAUGAAGUGGCAAAACUUGUCUGCCUUAAAUUUGGGGAACAACAAUUUCACUGGUAAAAUUCCAACAUCCAUUGGAUCUCUUAUCAAUCUUAGGUCUUUGCACCUAUACAAUAACAGUUUCUCUGGAAAAUUUCCAUCCUUGUUGAAAAAUUGUAAAUACUUGUUUACCAUUGAUAUUGGCAAAAAUGAGUUUGUUGGGAGCAUACCAAAGUGGAUUGGACAUAGACUUUCAAGCUUGAUGAUUCUCAGCCUUCGCUUCAAUAAUUUCUAUGGUCAAAUACCGGAUGAACUUUGUGCUCUAACUUCACUCCAAAUCCUUGACCUUUCACAUAAUAAGCUGUUUGGGAGCAUACCUAAAUGUGUUAACAAUUUUAGUACGAUGGCCAGAAAUAACAAUUUAAAUUAUCCCAUUUUUAUUCCUUUACAGUCGUUAGAUUAUGGUUAUGUGCCUUUUGAAAGUGAAUUGCUUGUGGUUAAGGGAAACUCUCUUGAAUAUUCCACCACACUUCGACUAGUAAAUAUUAUAGAUCUUUCCAACAACAAUUUGUCAGGAGAGAUUCCUAAAGAAGUGGCUAGUCUCCAAGGUCUACAAUCAUUGAAUUUGUCAUUUAAUAUCUUGACUGGAAGGAUCCCGAAGAAUAUAGGUGAUAUGAGAUCAAUAGAAUCUAUUGAUUUCUCUAUAAACCAACUUUCAGGUCAAAUUCCUCAAAGUAUGUCAAGUUUGACAUUUUUGAGCCACUUGAACUUGUCGAACAACAAUUUGAUUGGGAGAAUCCCUUCAAGCACUCAGCUACAGAGCCUCAGUGCAUCCAGUUUUUUUGGAAACAAGUUUUGUGGACCUCCACUUACUGAUAAUUGUACUAUAAAUUAUGUAAAACCAAACAUUGAAAACAAAAGGAGCAAGGGUUUUGGUGGGCAUAUGGUGGAUUGGUUUUUUGUAAGUAUGGCACUUGGAUUUGUGGUUGGGUUUUGGGUUGUAUUGGGUCCUUUACUAUGGAACAAGCAAUGGAGAAUUUUGUAUUUUCAAUUCCUAGAUCACCUAGGGUACAAGCUUAGUGGUGUAGUGGCACAAACCUGGUAUAGCAUUGUAAGCAAAUGUUGUAAGAUUCUUAAUAUUUAGUCCACGUAUCAUGUAAUCAUAUUAAUCAAUAUUUUGAUGAUUUCUAUAUGAUCUUCGACCUGGUUAAUACUUCUAUGAUCAUCUAUAUUUACUCUAUUAACAUGUAUAAAUAGGAUAUUUGUUAUGAACGUACACCACAGUCCAAUUUUAGUUUUAUUAUUCCUAUAGAUUAGUGGUGUAAAAUCACAUUUCAAUUCAUACAAGCAAUUAAUUUGUUAGAAGUAAUAUCCAAUACCUUGCAAUGAUGCCCACUUUCUCUGUAGAAUAUCUUAGUGAUCACUUUGUAAAGUCUCAAUGAAAGACAACAAGUUUGUGCUUAUUUGGGCAAAAUAAGCAGGCUCUUUGUAUCAAAUUCGAAGGCUAUUUUGGUAGAUUCCUUGCAACCACUAUAAUGAAGCUUAAGCAGUUACGCUAUAAAAGAGCCAGUCUGCCAAGUCUACUUUGUCCCGUGGAAGAAUUAAAGGGGCUGUGAGUCAAGCUCCAUGGCACGGCUCUCAUGUCCUGCCUGCCCAAUCAGGUACAACAACCCAUAAUCUAUCUCAAUUCUAAAUUCUAAAAAUUGACUUGAUAAAAAGAACAUGUUAUUGGUUGUUAAAUUUGAAUUUUGUGUCUCUACAUAGGUGGGUAGAUACAGAUACAUGGCUUAUUUGUGAUUUUUGAAAUGAAAUUUUGCUGAAAUGGUGAUUUACCCAAUUGGGGUACAUUGAAGUUGUGGGGCAAAAUAAAAGUGGAGAUUAGUACCCUAGAAUUAUUUAUUUAUUUAUUUUUGUGGAGGAAAUAGCACCCUAGAAGUUGAAUAAGGGUUUUGAAUUUAUUAUUAUUAUUUUUACUAGGUAAAUAGCGGGAAGAGGACUAGUGGGAUUCAAACCCUAGUGUCAAGCACAACAAGAUGGGUUUUGGUUGCGUGAGAUUUUCUUUAAAUUAAUUUGCACGUGUCUCAUCAUUUAAGCUAUAGUUUUGUUUGGGUUGCUCUUGAUACUUUUAGGUGUGAUUUUAUCAUUUACUGAAGAUAUGUAUAUGAUGCUGAGACACAAACAGUGUAAACGAUGCUGAGAUUGCAUUUGAAUUUGGUUGAGUGAUUUUGGAAAGUCUUUUCUUAAAACUUUUCUUGCAUUUAAAUUUUAGACCCCUUUUGUAGAAAUUUUAGGAAGUCUUGUUUUUGUGACAUACUGCGUAACCCAAAAGCUAAAGGAAAUGAGUUUUGAAAAUUGAGCCCAAUAAUGUUAUAUUAAUUUUUUCUUCAUUUCUUGUCAUAUGGAACUUCCACUCACGUGUGUAUGUGCAAUAAUUUUUUUGCUUCUUAAAACAUAAUCAACGAAGCUAUUGAUUCAUGAGGUCGAUCACCAAAAGCUUUGGUUCAUUCAAAUAAUAUUAUCCCAAUUUUCAACCAUUACAUUGUUCCAACCUCCCCCGCUUGUGCUUGUCAGUGAAUUGACUUGACCGGUAUCUUGCAUAUUGUAUUCUCUCUUCUUCAGCUACUGUUUUGAUUCAAAUGUUCACUUGGAUCUGCAAGGGAGGUGUAAUUUAUUUUUUCCUUUCUUUUCAAAUAACAUGUACUGUUCCAUUUCGUUAUUAAGGGGCAUGCAUCCGAUAAGAUUGACUGAUUAUGUUGUACACCUAUUUUGAAGGUAUAAAUUCUGUUUUGG